AUGGCCGACAAGGACAAGGCGGCCAAAUAUCGCACAGAGAUCCAGCAGAUGAUGUUCGUCUCUGGAGAGACUGCCGAAGCUGCUCCUGAAACUACCACCCUUAUCGAAGCCAUCGUCCAGCAGCAAGUCGUUGAAAUGCUCACUCGCGCAACCGCCCUGGCCGCUCGCCGCGGUGUCCGCAGCAUCAACACCGACGACCUCAUCUUCCUCAUCCGUCACGACCGCGCAAAGGUUUCACGCCUACGUACCUUUCUUAGUUGGAAAGACGUCCGCAAAUCUGCAAAGGACUCGGAUGACAAGGGCGGCGGUGGUGCUGGAGGAGGUGACGACUUUGCUGAUAUCGACGUCGGUCCCGCCAACGAUCCUACCUUGGCUACCGCUGGCCCCUCAGUCGGUACCAGGAACUCAANNAAGACCAAAAAGGCAAAAGUAGGUCUUCCAUGGGAUGUCUCGAGUUUCUAUCAAGAGCAAGUUCCCGAACGAGAGGAUGAGGAAGACGAAGAUGAAGAAGAGAUGACAACCGCCACAAUGACUCGCCUCAAGAACGCCGACGAUCGCACAAAGAACAUGACACCUGAAGAAUAUCUGCAUUGGAGUGAAUGCCGUCAAGCUUCUUUCACUUUUCGCAAAGGCAAACGCUUCCGCGAAUGGGCUGGUUUCGGCGUCGUAACCGACAGCAAGCCAAACGAUGAUAUUGUUGAUAUCCUAGGCUUUNUGACCUUUGAAAUUGUCCAGACUCUGACAGAAGAAGCUCUGCGCGUCAAAAACGCUGAAGAUAUACAGCGACGCGAGAGCGGCGGCGAUGAGGAUCAACAACGACGAAAAAGAAUUCGCAGAGAACCUAGCUUGUUCGAUCCACCUGAAGAGGCAAGAACCCCUGUCAAUACCAAGCACAUCACCGAGGCUUUUCGCAGGUUACAGAGACCUGACGCAAAGAGUCGCUACAUGAGCCACAUUCCUGCUGGUAUCAGGAGAACGCCCUUGAAGCUGAUUUGA